GUAAGCACCGUUGCAUAGUAGUCGCGUUCUUAAACGUGAACAAGCAUGGCGGAUGAUACAACUCUCAUAUAAAGCAUGAAACUUGAUUCAGAAAAUGUCAUCUAAGAUGAUUAGCAGUGUUUAAUAAAAAAUGAUGCGUAGAUCGAGGAUAACGGUGCGGCCCAAUGUACGGUCUGGCGGCAGAGGUCAGGCCGCAUUGCAGGACAGCCAUUCUGUCCAGGGCAGUACGAAUAGCUUUGAGGAUACUGCUCAAAACGCACCAAAGGACUCAGCUGACUCAACAAACCAAUCACCAGAAGUGACAAAGGAUGUAGAGACCCAGCCUGCUGAUGCAGAAAAUAUUACCUCUCUGAAGUCAAACGAUGACAACAAUUCACAUCCAGAAAAAGCUUCCUGUAAUGGGGAUGGAUUAGACCAUAAUGGAGAGGCCACUGGUAGCAGUAAACCUUUGGCAUGUUCUUUGGCACGAAGAAAACGCUUUUCUGCCAUGCCUAAUUUGACCAAGAUCCGUGUUACUCCUGCUAUAACUUGCACAUCUGCUAGGGGCCCAAGAUCUUCUGCUGUGAAGAGUGGAGUAGUUUCCAAGGCGGAGACCACGGCCACCAACACUGGGAAUCAGCUACGGCUGAAAGGCGGUAUCACCCAAGGCUUUAGACACCCAAGUAGGCAGAAAGCUUGCAGUGAAGGAACACAGCCUAUAAUUCAGUCUGUACCUUUAUCUUCAACGAGUCAAGAUCCUGAAGCUUCUCUUCAAGGAAAGAAAUCUAAAGUAAAAUCCCUUUCACGUCAGAGUAGUCAGCUUUCUGAAUGCCAGAAAUCACUAAACGGGGCAGUUCCUGAUGAUGGCAAGUCCCUCACCCCCGAAUGCUGUAUGGGUAGCACAAAACUGUCACAAGGCAGUGCGUCUCUAGUGAACGCUGUGUCUUCUGUGGCCACCUUGACAACCAAGACCCAGAGUGUUUCUUCAGAUCGUGAGAGGAUCAUUAAGACCCAGAAGCUGAGAGAACUUUUAAAGCGGGAGCGAAAAAAAGAGCGGAAACACAAGAAAGGAAAAUCCCGCAUCUUUGAAUGCAACAGUCCACAGGAUCACAGCAAGAUGACAAUGGCAGACCUCAUUUACUAUUUGCCAGAGACAAACCCAAUGAAAUCAUACCAGAUGGAGGAACCGAAGCAGAAUGAGAAAGAGAGCUCAUGGACACCGACCAAACAGGUGGCCGAACAGCCGCAGGAAGCAGAGGAAGAGGAUGAUGUGGAGAACGGUGAUGAUGAACAGGGUGAGCAGCUGGUGGUACCCAGGGUGAAGGUAGCAGAAGACGGCAGUUUGAUUAUUGACGAGGAAAGUUUAACUGUUGAAGUCUUGAGGGUUCAAGGACCUAAUACGGUGGAGGAGAAGGAUCCCAUUUUCGAGCGUGGUUCUUCAACAACUUACUCAAGUUUCCGAAAAGCCAGUUACACCAAGCCCUGGUCUAAUAAAGAAACGGACAUGUUCUUCUUGGCUAUCAGCAUGGUGGGGACAGACUUCUCCAUGAUUGGCCAGCUUUUCCCUCACCGUGGCAGGUCAGAAAUCAAGAACAAAUUUAAGAAAGAAGAACGAGCAAAUUCUUGGAGGAUUGAUAAGGCGUUCAGGGAAAAGCGUCGCUUUGACCUGAGUUUCUUCAGUUCCCUCCUUGAGAGGAUCCUGGCUGAGGAGCAGAAAAAGCAGGAAAAGUCUAAAGCUUCUGCAGAGAAACAAGUUUCAAGAAAACCAAGGAGUAAGGAAAACGAUAAGACCAGAACCAGGAUGAAAAGCAGUACCAACCAAACUUCAGAAGAGGAGAUGGAUAGUAUGGGGGUAGAGGGAGACUUGGAGACGGCAGAGAAGGAGAAUGAAGACUGCUCAAACUUUGAGACUGUGGAAGAAACCACCAUGUCCCAGAAAAGAGCCAAAAAAACUAAGAAAGGGGACACAGGACCGUCGUCCCUGGAAAAAGUGACUGAUGAAAGAAAUUCCAGUAAUGAAGCAGGUGAAGCUAUGGACCACGACUCCAGUGACGUUAUUACUGAAGUUUCAGCUGAUGGAGAUGUGCAAAGGUCAGAGAGACCAGACAGUUCUGCAGAGAGAUGGAAGAGAGCUGUGAUCAAGCCAGCCCAGAUCUCCACAGGGCGUCUUCAGAAGCCUAUCCCAAACCUUGGACGGCGAGGGGACAAGAAGAUCUCGGAGCCAAAGGAAAAGACCAGUGAUUACAACACAACAACUUGUGAGGAAGACAAAGAGUAUGAUGGGCAUAAGACUGAAAGUGCAGCUUCAGCUGGGAAGAGGAUGACGGGGGCAAAGCGGACCGCCGGGGUCCUGGCCUCUGAUGAGGAGGGGCAGGCGGGCAAGGCUGAGGAGGAGCUCAGUGUCACGGCCAGGCAGGAGCACAUGCUGAACAGGCCCACCCGGUCAGGGAGGAUCCCCAAGAUGUCCCAGGCGCUGCAGCAGGCUGGGGAUGAGGAUUCAGCUGAAGAGCCUUCACCUGCCUCCGAGACUCAGGGAAAGACGUCCCCCCAACAUCGGUGCCGGAAGCCGCCUGGGUCCAAUCAGAGGAAAGCCAAGCCUGCAAUGGGCAGUGUGCCGCAGAGGUCCAAGAGGUCCAAGCUGGUGACACUGCGGGCCCCCCUACCGGAGGGCCCUAUGGAGGACAGGCUGAGUGAAGCCCGGCCCGACGAGAUGUAUAGCUAUCCCACGAAUCCCGAGGAGCAGAACCAAGUGCCAGCCUUCGUCCCUCUCAGUUUGCGGUCCCCAGAGCCCAUGAGGCUGGAGGUUGAGGAGACCAUGGAGGAGCUGGAGAUUUUAGUCAAUGUUCCUGAUGCCCUGAGUAUGAUAGAGCCUGAGGAUGUGCUGUGCCAUCCAUCAGAGUUCCAGGGACCACAGAAGGAGGUUCCGGUGCCACCUGAGCAUCAGCUGGGCGUGUUCGCUGGGGUGAUGAAGUGUUUGUCUCUAGAUCAUGUAGAGGUUUCGGAAUCUGAAGAGAGCUGCAAUGAGGCAGCGAGGACUCUGUUGACAAUAAGAAAUCCUGAACUCCUGUCUCUACCCCUGUCCAUGACUGUCUCAGAAGCCAUUGACAAAGAAGCCAAGGCUGAAACACAGGUUGCUUCUGAGCAAGAAAAACAAACGCAGUGUAGUCGGGAUACAACAUCUACCACGACCCCCGGCUCUCCAGUCAGGCCAUCUAGGCUUGCGGGUUCGGACGUGGCGCUGGAGCCUCAGAAUUCUCAGGGCCACCUUCCUAAGAAGGACGAACCUCACCCGGGACAGGGUGUGCAGAAUCGUGUUAGCUGUACAAGCAGUGCUGAGGCCAAACCAGACUCCAUUCACAGUUCUUCGCCUCCCAAAAAGAGCCACUUCCAGAAACCAAAACCAAACCUGGUGCUUGCAUCCCGACCCGCUUCAGUGUGUCAAACUCAGAGCACGGUCACAGUGAGCUCAGAAAAAGUAGAAGUGACUCAAUCGGAAAGUAAUGAAUCAGAGACAAUUAUCAACAAUAGUGCUUCAGAAGGAAGCAAAAAUGAAGGAUUGGAGGUUGAAAACCCAAAAAAGAGUGAAACAUCAGUUCCUGAAAUGUCUCAAGAGGCCGGUGUGAGUUCUGAGCCCAUAGCUCAGACUGGACCUCAGAGCCGGAGAAGCCGAUUCCCAAAACCCAGACCGAAUCUUGGACGUGCUGUUCGGAACCUGCGGCCAACGGCGCUGAGCCCUGCGACGCGAAUGACAGCAGACGAUAGCGGGCCAUCUGAGGAGACUCCAGCAAAUGCCAAAUCAAAGACACAUGUGGAAGCCAGAAUGGUCCCAAUAGCUCAAACUCCGGCAGAACAACUUGUAGCUACCAGAAGUCCGAAGAUCCUUGGAUCAAAUGAGGUUUCUGUUGCAGAAGGGGAGGAGCCGUCUGACAUGCCAGUGGACCCUGACCCUGCCCAGGAACAAGCUAUGAGUUUGCACAGUGGAGACGGCUUCACAUUUGUUAACAUAGGUGACUCUACUGAAGGAGUCUCAGGGGAAGACGACUUCACUCACAGUGAACCCACUAUUAUCCUGACCCUGUUUGAAAUCCCUCCGACCUCUGUCAAUGAGUAUAAGUCAGGUUCUGCCCCAGUGGGUGCUGUCACUGCUGAGCUGCUCUCGCCGCUGGUGUUUAUAGAUGCACAGUCUGAACCACAAAGCUCCGGGCCAGUUGCUGAUUCUCACCUACUUGGUACAUUGCCUGGGAGAUUGUCCCCUUUAACACGGUUGUCCUUGUCCAGCAGUGAGGCCGUGGCUAUGGCUGAUGCAGAGGUGCCUGGGGCUGGCAGCACGCUUUCUCACUUCAUGGUCAGCGAGCCGUUGCAUCACUUGAGCCAUUGUAGCACUAUACAUGAAAAGCAUUCAUCUUCUGCAGUUCUCACAGAGUCCAGAAGUCUAGACAAGACAGAUGAAGAAGAGGAGAAUGUCAGCCUUUCUUUGGUGCCAGUGGAGGAUUUGAAUGAGGCUCCUGAGGAGGAUGAUGAUGCCCCCCCUCAGAAAAAGAAGAAAAUGCCCAUCAAGUCCAAAAAAGGAAAACCCAAAGUGAAACCUGGCUCUUUGAAAAGGACGUCGGUAGAGCCCACUAAAGAUGCCAGUGAAGAAUCUGAGAUGCCUCCUCAGAUCCUAGCCUUUCCCAAGGAAGAUGACCUUGCAGUGCCCAGUGCUGGUGACCAGCACAACCCCCCAGCCAAGCACGGAGGGGGGCUUGGUGACGCUCUGCCUCGGGACCGGGACACUCCUCUUGGCUGCGGUGGCGAGAUGGAACCUCAGCAUCAUGUGUCACCUCUGCCCUUGGAUAAGCCCCUUAUUAGGCCUGGAAGAAAGCCCAAAGGAUUCCUCUCGUUUAUGACCAACAAGACCACCACUGGCCCUGCUGGUACUUCAAGGACUUCCAGACCUGCACCUCAUGUCAACACUUCAUGUAUAGAAAGAAGAAAAGCCUCCCUGCAGGCAGCCAUGGGAUGUCCAAGAGAACCCCCCCCCGCCAUUAACACCCGCCACUCCACCCCUGACACCAUCACAUCUCCAAGUGUAUCGGCACAUAAGAUGGAACCUCCAGAAGUAUCAAAAUCGACAGAAGGUGACUUCCUCUGUGUCAACCCCUCUGAUAAGACUGAGUAUAAAAAACCCACCAAUGUGUCAGAAUACUUCUUCGGGGACAUCUUCACAGAGGUCGAGGAGCCAGACUGAGGACACGGUGCUCCUAAGCCACACUGAGAAGAUAGUUGGGCGUAUCAUCUCUCUGACAGUAGCAUCCCUGGACUUGGCUCGUCAUCUUGCAUAUGUCAUGGCAUUUCACGUUAAACUGUUUCCCAUUUGAACAUUUGUGCACAGGCGUGUCUGUUUAAGCUAAUAUAACAUUUUAUCAGAAGUGCUGGCAAUAUAAAAUAAGUCGGAAACUAUCAGUAUUUUGACCUUAAAUGUAAUUUUAAUUGACAAUUGCUAAAUUUACUAAUUUUUGCAAUGUUAUGGCCUUUGGUCAUCUCAUCUAAACAAUUGCAUAUAAGCUGGCAACAUUACUGAAAUUAUGAAAAGUAUUACAAUGUUUAGAACAAAAUUUAUGUCCUGAUACCUUAAAGUUGCAUUUUGAUCCAGCAGAUUUAGCACCGGUGGAUGACCUUAUUGAUCUAGCUGUAUCAUUUAGCAGCAAAUGAGAGCGAGUGAUAACUAUAAACACUAGUAAACAAAGCUAACGUCAACUUAUCCAUAACUUACCCACUUAUACACUGAGCCAGGAUAUCAAGCAUGCUUUCUAAAGGCCAAAUAUUGACCACUGAAAAUUGUGUUACAUUUAUAUUUUAAGUUUUUUAUUCUCUCGAAGGAUUAUGGAGCAUGCUUCUUGUUUUAUUGUGCGUUUUAUGUACAGUCUUAGACACUUGUCUUAACUGGCGUAACAUUUCCUGUCUGCUGUGAAGGUUUCUUAUGUGAUGUUUCAGAGCAAUUUCAUAGUUGUGAUAGAUCCGGAAUGCAUUCAUACCAUACACCUCAAGUGUACAGCAAAGUAUCUUCGGGGAGUGCUCUGUGGCUCAGUGGAUUAGUAUACUGUGACUGAUUGUUAGGUCGCUGGUUCACAUCCUUUAGUCAGCCAAGAUUUCACCGUUGGACCUUUGAGCCAGGCCCCAAUUUCUCUAGGGACUUUGAAUUGCACGUUGCUUUGGAGAAAAGUGUCUUCUAAUUAAAAUGUAAGUUAUGUGCUAGAUUCUGUCCAGAACAUAUUAGAGAUUCAGUGCAUUGCUUACUAUAAGGGUAUGUUGGAGGCAAAUUUCCAAAUUUUAAAGCUGCCUAGGAUUAAGCUUUUAGAUUAUGCUUUAAUGGAGAGAAAAAGUAAACGUAUAAAUAGCAAACAUCAAAGAUAACAUUUUAGCCUACCCCGUGUAUCCAGUAUUUAUUUUUCUACUGCUAGUGACAGGUUGUAUUGUCUUUUUUUACACAUCUGUUUAAUUUUAUUCCAGUUGUCGUAUAAUUGUAACUUUUAUAUGUCCUGCUAUAAUGUUAUGAAUGUAUUAUACUUUAAAACUAGAAAAGAUGGGAUGACCCCUCAAGAUAUAUCUGAAAAGCCCUUCAACAUGGUAUUAAGGUUCUUAUAAUUUCUUAACUUCCUAAGUUUUUCAUUUGCGUGUAAGAUUUGAGUAAUUUCAUCUUAGACAUUUGGAGGAACGUGACUGGACACAAAUGUGAAAGCAAGGUUUUGAACAUUUCAGAUCAAAUAUAUAUUUGUUUCAUUUUAUUUGCUUAGUACCUAAGAUGUAAUUUAUGUAAAUUGCCAAUAAAAAUUUUGGAGUUAAAACUAAA